AUACACUCCAUUAGGGGCAGGAGAAGCAAGGCAGUUCUUGCUUGGAGCUCGUACUUGUCUCGUCCUGUGUCUCAAUGGUAAGGGACAAGGUCAAGGAGAAUGUAAAUGCACAGCCUACAAGACACGUGCGAGCGGGCAAGGAGAAGCAGCGAGAUCAUGACCAAGUAGCUGAGGAGGUAGACGAGGACGAGGAAUGGGAAGAAGAAGAAGAGCAACAAGAAGAGGUGGUCAUCAAUGUACUGAUGGUGGGAGAUCCUCGAGUCGGCAAGACGGCCUUGUUGAGGAGUCUUGUCGGUGACGAGCUGCAAGAGGAAUAUCAGCCUACAACAGAGGUCCUCUCUUACCAACACACAAUAUCUCUCACUCCUACCCUGCACCUUCACUUCAACCUCAUCGAAGCUCCCUCUGUCUCCCUCACACCAGAGCUCCUCUCGCGCUGUCCCGUGAUCCUCUUCCUCUUUGACCUCACGCGCAAGUCCACUCUCAACAGUAUUAAGACGUGGUACAGGCGCUGCCGACCUCCAAAAGAGGAGCGAAGGCGCUCUGCUCGACUGUCCCAUCGAUCUAAUGGCGUCGAAGCUGGAGCUAGAAGUGGUGCUGAGGAAAGACCAGAGGGGAGAGGGACAGGUGUGCUGCACCUCCUCGUGGGAACAAAGUACGACGUCUGGGCUGCCGGGAAGCCUUCCCAGGCGGAGAGGGAGCGCUGGCUCGACCUCGUGCGGCAAUUCUCUCAGGCCAUGCUGGCACCCGUCCUCUUCACCUCUUCUUCCACUACCGCUGCUGCUGCCACUGAGCCGGAGGGAGGGUGGGAAGCUCACCCCUCGAACAUCUUCCGCGUUAUGAUCAGUAAACUCUUCGAUGUGCAGUGCACCAUACCAGAGUGCACUGAUCUGCAACGGCCAAUAAUCCUCUACGAAGGACUGGAACGGUGAUAUGCAGUGCUGUAGAGGGUAUUGACUACGAGAGAUUGAAGAUUGGAGGGCGCGCAGGUAGUUGGCUGGGGCAACUAAUUCAUUAAGUGGAAUGCAAGAGACGAGGCAAAUGAGCUGGACGUUGAGGAGAGUACGUGCAAGACUGGGCUAAAGAGGCAGAACGGGAUGUAUAGAUGUACAGUACAUGAGAAUUGGGAAGCGAUCGAAAUGGGAAUCAUCUGUCACGAAUGGCCCUAGCGACGCGAAGGGAAGAGCUGCAGAGGCAACCAAAGGAACAAGAACGGCGGUUGGGGUAUACCUUUCACUAGGCAAGCUGAUGUGACUACCUUUUGAGGUUGUCCUCAUCCUCGAGAAUCCAUUGCAUCUGCAGUGAGGUAGCAAAU